AUGGACGUGACCGUGGAAAGCGAUGUGGGCAGUGUGGUGUUGAAGGAAGUGCUCCCGACUUUGAGCAUCCGCGAGCUUCAACAAGAGGUCCAGUUUCGUAGCGGCAUCCCUGCGAAGCAGCAACUCCUCUCGCAUGCGGGCGUGCGGUUGUUGGCCGAGCGAAGCUUGCAGGAUUUUUGGGAUUUUGGCAGCCUCCAGCUGGAUGUCACGAGCUAUGCCCCGCUUGCACAGGGCCCGCCUACCUUUUUGCCGUGCACCGAGCAUCGAGGGAUUCAGCUGCUGCAGCUGCAGGAGCUCCAGGCGUAUUUAGUCAACAGAUGCCGCGACGGAGAGCUAAGAGCCUGGCGCGACGCUGGCAAACCCAUUUGCUUGGAGGCGCUGAAUCUGUAUCAGCUGGCAGACUGGGUGAUCCGCCCGGCAACUCGGGAAGAUCACUGCAGCUACGUUGAGCUGAUUUCUUCGGGCAAGGAGGCACAGAACCCGCAGUGGUUCGUGUCGCACGCCUGGCAGGAGCCCAUCCUGGACUUCGUGAGGUGCCUGCAGGGCCACGCUGAAGUGCGGGAGCUGGAAGAAACGGUGGCCUACUGGGUGUGCGCCUACGCCAACAACCAGCACGAACUGGGGGACGAGCUGCGCUGCAAUCCUCGAGAGACCUCCUUCUUCCGUGCCAUGCAGCUGUCCCUUGGCGUGGUGCUGGUCUUGGACUCUGAGGGGACGCCCUUCUCUCGGACCUGGUGCUGUUUCGAGCUGGCCAUGGCUUUGACGGACCUGGGCGAGAGCGGCGAGAGCGCGCCUCGCCAUCUCCACGAGGGGCACGCGCGUCUGUUGCUGGACAUUGCCACCUGCGCCCAAGGCAGGGCAGAGCUGCUGACGGAUGGCCUGGCACCCGAGGAGGUGCAGCGGGAGGAGAGCGUCUGCGCUGGCAGCGGCGGGAAGGCCAAGGCGAAGCGCGAAGAGAGCUUUCCCAUCGAGUUGGUGCAGAGAGCCUUAAAGAUUGACAUUGCAGAGGCCAGCGCCUCGUGCCCUGUGGACAAGAUCAGGAUCUUGAACAGCAUCGCGGGCCUUCCACCCGAGCAGCUGGACGCGCCCCUGGGCGAGUCCCCCGAGCGAAGACGACGCUACGAGGCAGUGAACCGGGGCCUUCGGGCCAUCUUUGCGAUGGCCUCUGUGAGUCAGGUGGUCUCCAAGGACCUCCAUGAGCUGAUGCCGGCCAUCUGCCAGGCCCUGGCGGAGGAUGAGACGCGGCGCAGCCUGCGACUCUCCUUCGCCAAGAGUCUGAAGUUCCGAGACACGGACCUGGUCGCCCUGGUCCGCGCCCUGCCCGCGCUUACCGGGCUCCUGCGCCUGGACCUGCGGUCCUGCCACCAGCUCUCGGAUGCUGCCGUGCUGGAGCUGGCUGGAGCAUUGAAGCGGGUCAAGGUCACGGCCCUGUUCUUGGACUUCUUCAUGUGCGCCGGUCUGACCGACCUCUCCAUUGCCCAGAUCUUUGCCAACUCCCAGCAUCUUACUGACAUGCGCGAGUUUGACCUCAACGUCCGCGGGCUGGUCAAGGUCACCGCAGAGGUGAUCCCUCCGCUGAUCUCCGCUCUGGAGGUCAUGCCGCUGCUGCGGAAGUUGCAUCUAAACUUCUGCAAGACUCGCCAGAACGACGAAGCCGCUACGGUGCUGAUACGCACGGUGAAGCACUUGAGGCACCUGGAGAUCUUGAGGCUCUACUUCACGGAGUGUUCUUUGGUGGGCUCUCAGGCGGCCGCCGCUUUAGGCGACAGCCUGUCUGAGCUGCGCGGCCUGACCGAGGCAAUCCUUUGCUUUGCGCACACGGGGCUCACCGACGCAGGGCUGCUGGGCCUUUGCCGCGGCCUGGGCGCGCUGCAGCAUUGCCGGCGCCUGACGCUGCGCUUCCACGGCUGCCGCGAGCUCACGGACGAGUCCCUUUGGGUGCUGGGGGAGACCUUGCGGGGACUCUCCUUGCAGAAGCUCAGCCUGGACUUGGGGAAAUGCGCGCAGCUCUCAAAGGGCUUGGCGCGGCGCUACGGGGGGCCCAGCGCCUGGGAGCUGCUGCAAGACCCGGCCUUCCGGCGGCCCCGGAGUGCGGCGCACGCGCGGAUCCUGGAGCUCUUUCGGGAGAGGCGCGGCGCGUUCUCCAAUGCAGAGGCGCUGUAUCCGGUGUUGAAGGCAGUGGACCCAUCGCUAUCUGCGGUGGACUUCCACCAGUUGCGGGCCGCGGCCUUGGCCGAGGACGCCCCGGGCCGACGUGUUUUCGUGGUAACUUGA